UAGCGGUGAAGGUGCAACAGUAAUCGGUCGUCCCGAGCCCGGGUUCAUCCGACACCCUCACCAACCAAGCUGAACUGAGCUCAACCUCUACGGCAGCAUCAUGCCUCCUAAGUUCGACCCCAACGAGACAAAGAUUGGUACGUUGUCAGUGUGGAGCGGGUAAAUAAAGCUGACGCUUGUUCAGAACCAACAUGGAGUCGUUCUCCGCCGGUUGCCUCCGCUGCGCCUCGCGGCCUGUGAACGGCGACCAGAAAACGUGUACAUGAGGUGCACAGGAGGAGAAGUCGGCGCCACCUCAGCCCUGGCCCCCAAGAUCGGACCCCUGGGUCUGUCUCCCAAGAAAGUGGGUGACGACAUCGCCAAGGCAACCGGAGACUGGAAGGGUCUGAGGAUCACCGUGAAGCUGACCAUCCAGAACAGGCAGGCAGCGAUCGAGGUCGUCCCCUCGGCCUCCGCUCUGAUCAUCAAAGCUCUGAAGGAGCCGCCGCGUGACAGGAAGAAGGUCAAGAACAUCAAACACAGCGGCAGCGUCACCUUCGACGAGAUCGUCGGCAUCGCUCGUGUUAUGAGGCCUCGCUCCAUCGCCAGAGAACUCUCCGGAACCGUGAAGGAGAUUCUGGGAACCGCUCAGUCCGUCGGCUGCACCAUCGAUGGACGUCCUCCUCACGACGUCAUCGACGACAUCAACAGUGGAAAAGUGGAGUGUCCGUCUGAGUAAAGAGACGAAUAAAACUGAUCAACUCUCA